AUGAAAAAUACAAAUCACUACUACAAUUUGAAGGAAAGAAAUUAUAAUAAUAGCAGUUACGUGAAUUUUGAAAAUUUAAAUACAUCGCACAAGGAAGAGAACAAGAAGCCAAGAAAGCAGAAGGCACAUGACAUAUUAAAUAAAAAUAAAAAAAACAAAAAUUUUACAAAUAGAAUAAUCAAUUCAAAUUUAGAUAGUAAGGCACAUAACACUAGUUAUAGUAACACAAAAAAAAAAAAAUAUAAUAUAACAUGUAACAAAAACACCAUUACAAAUGUAAAACAAAAGAACGCUUGUAGGGAUUAUUAUAUAUCUUCUAAUAGUUACAAUAGUUAUAAUAGUUACAAUAGUUAUAAUAGUUACAAUAGUUAUAAUAGUUACAACAGCUGCAAUAGGUACAACAUCUGCAAUAGGUACAACAGCUGCAAUAGGUACAACAGCUGCAAUUGGUACAACAGCUGCAAUAGGUACAACUGCUGCAAUAGGUACAACUGCUGCAAUAGGUACAACUGCUGCAACAGGUACAACUGCUGCAACAGGUACAAUAGUAAUAAUAAGAGGAGAGGGUAUUUUGAAAAACGAGAAUGUUUUACACUAAGUGAAUCUUCAAAUAGUACCGAAAUAACUGAUAUAGAAAACGAACCAACCGAUUUUGAAAAAAUGCUAAUUUAUAAUAAUCAUUCAACUUUUAGUGAGCAUAACCAGUUAAAGAAUAAAUGUUCCUAUAACACACAUAGAAACAGUGAAAUGAACGAUAAUGUGGAUAUGCAUUUAAAAGAUAUUUAUUUUGACGUACAAGCGAAAAGUGGAGAAGAUGUAAAGCAAAUGCACUUGAGUGAAAACCCCCCUCGCAGUUGGAGCGGUAGUAAUAGUAAUAAUAAUAUCUGUAGUAGUAGAAGUAGUAGUAGUAGUUGCUGUGGUAAUGGUAAGGCUAAGGCAAUGGCCACCUGCAGACGCUUUCAGAGUAAAGAAAAUAUGGAUAAGCAAAUACUAUUAGAUCAUAUAAAAAGACUGGAAUAUCAGAAUAAUAUAUUCCUUAACAAUUUGUUAAAUAUGUAUUAUGUUUGUACUGAUUAUAUUAAAAUGCAGGAUGAAAAAAUUAAAAAAAAAGAAGAAAUAAUUCUAUUUCAAAGUAAAAUUAUAAGAAAUUUAAAAAACAAACAGAAUUCUGAUGAUACCACAGGUGUCAGCAACAAUGUAGGUUAUAACGACAAAGCCGACUAUUCCUAG